AUGGGUCUCUUGGCAGGACCGAAGACCCGCCGCAAGCUAGACCACGACCCAAAUAAUACGAAAUGGACGCGCAACGCCAACAAGUUCGGGCAGAAGAUCCUCGAGUCCCAGGGUUGGCAACCGGGAGAGUACCUGGGGGCUAAGGACGCCUCCCACGCGGAGCACCUGACGGCCGCCAGCGCGUCGUACAUCCGCGUCUCGCUCAAAGAUGACGUGAAGGGCCUCGGGUUCGACAGGCGCAGGGAGAACGAGGUGACGGGCUUGGACGAGUUCUCGGACCUGCUGAGCCGGCUGAACGGGAAGUCCAAGGCUUCUGUGGAGAAGGACAGGCAGGCUAGGAUGGAGGUCAAGAUGGAUGCCUACGUGCAUAGCCGGUAUGGACCCAUGAGGUUCGUGAGGGGUGGGCUACUCGUUGGGGAUGAGCUCAAGGAGGGAUCUCGCAGUGAUGAUGAUGAUGAUGAUGAUGCGGAGGGGGAGGAGGAUGGGAAGGAGAAGGAGAAGGAAAACACGACAAAGAAGCGCAAGACUUUUGAAAAAAAGGAGAAGGAAGAAGAGGAGGAUAAAAAGAGCAAAAAACGUCGCAAGAAGGAUAAGGAGGGAAAGAAGACGAAGAGAAACAAGAAAUCGAAGACUAGCGAAGACGACGACGACGACGACGACGACGACAACGACGAUGACGAAUCAGACCAAGAAGGCAAAGACGAAAAGGAUGAAAAUGAAAAGGAUAGACAAGAAGAAGAAGAAACAAAGGCGGAAAGAAAGGAGAGGAAAAGGGCAAGAAAGGAAGAAAAGAGGAGGAGAAGGGAGGAGAAGAAGGAACGAAGGGAGCGCAGAGAAGGAAAAGCACAGUCUUGUUCUUCUUCGACAUUACCGUCCUCGACAUUACCAUCCUUACCAUCACCAGAACCUGCUACCGCUGCUCGUCCACGACUAAAUCACGUCCGAUCACGAUUCCUGGCAGCCAAGAGGGAGGCCAUGACGAAUUCUAAAGCUCUAGACAAGAUCUGGAUGGUCAAGACGUGA